GCUCUACAGGCAGAGCUUUUCCAUGAUGAGCCCAUCUACGACCUGGCAUUUGGCGAGCAAGGGCAAACUCACUGGCGGAGAUGCGGCCGAGGGGACCUUCUUCGGAGUUUCAGAGGAUGGCAAGGUCUACUGCCAAAAGAUCAGCGAGAUGACGGACCAGACCGACUGGAAGAAGUGCAUUGGUAAAGGAAGUCUUCACAAGCUCGCGAUCCACAAGUCUUCUGGCACCAUCUACGGCUUGGACAGCUCCCAAAAGAUGUUCAAGCUCUCUGAUCCUAUCAGCAGCAUGACAGAUGCCUCGGAUUGGAUCAGCCUUCCGUACAGCGGAGCAUGCUGGGACAUCUCCAUCCGAGGCGACAACGUCUAUUGCCGCGGUGGCGGGGACAGUCUGUGGACCCAGGACAUCAUCAAGAUGACGGCCCACAGUGGCUGGACGAAGAUCGGAGACGAUGGCACUAAGGCGGUGCUGGUUCCAGAGGGAAGCCUGUGCAAGGGAGCGCUGCUGAACAGGGAUGGCGACGACUUUGCCUGCGACACCAUCAAGGAUGAGACGUGCGGCAACUUCUACGAGAGGGCGGGCCAGACCGACAUCUACCUCCAGUGCGUAGGUCAAGAGGCGUCGCCGGGCACUGGCAUCGUGACGUGCCUCGCGAAGAACCCUUGCAGCUUGGGGCCCUAGGGCCGAAUGAACUCGGAGAACCCCAAGACCUUUGUCCAUCGACAGAAAGCAGAGACCGAGAUCACAGCGGGCA